GAGCCAGAAAAAGAGCAUAAAAAGCAUAAAAACGUUUCGCUUCUCCCCAGCGUGCGACAUCUUUCUUCUUGUCUCUCUGCCUCUCUCCUCAGCUUUUCCCGUCGCACCCCACUUCCGCGACUCUUCUCUUCGCGUUGCUUCCUUCUGCGUGUCUCUGCUCUGAGAUCUUCUUCUUUUUCUGGGCGCCUCUGAAACCGCUCUCUGCCUCUCGCCUUUGUUUUCUGGAGUCUCUUUCAACACUGUAAAACCUUUCAACUCUCUCCUUCGUUAAGAUGGCACCUAAAAAAAAGGAACAAGCCGAGGAGAAAAUCCUUCUCGGGAGACCGAAGAACACGUUGAAGAUGGGUCUCGUUGGCUUGCCAAAUGUCGGGAAAAGCACAACUUUCAAUCUUCUUUGCAAGCAGGCGGUGCCCGCGGAGAAUUACCCUUUCUGCACGAUCGACCCGCACGAAGCGAGAAUGAACGUUCCGGAUGAUCGUUUCAAGUGGCUCUGCACGCACUUUCAUCCGAAAAGCGAAGUCUCUGCGACACUGGCGAUCUUCGACAUCGCCGGGCUGGUUCCAGGCGCCCAUAAAGGCGAGGGUCUCGGCAACGCCUUUCUCUCUCACAUUCAAGCUGUCGACGGCAUCUACCAUGUGGUUCGCGCUUUCGAGGAGGCGGACAUCGUCCACAGCGAAGGCGAAGUCAAUCCCGUUAAGGAUCUCGAGACCAUUAGCGACGAACUGAGGAUGAAAGAUGUAGAGAGGUGUGAGAAGCUGAUCGAGGAGCUGGAUCGACUUGUCGGCAAGGGCCAGGUCCCCAAAGAUAAACAAAAAAAGGUCCACCUGGAUGUCCUCAAAGUCGUCCUCGAGCACCUCAACAACAAAAGAUGGGUGUCCCAAGUGGACUGGAAGGCGUCGGAGGUCGAGGUGUUGAACGAGUACCAGUUCCUGACGGCGAAGCAGGUGGUUUACUUGGUGAACAUGAGUGAAAAAGAUUUCAUCCGUCAGAAGAACAAGUGGCUCGCGAAGAUCCACGGCUGGGUAGAGGCGAAUGUGUCGGGACCGAUCAUUCCCUACUCUGCUCAGUUCGAGAGCAAACUCGCUGAGCUGCCUGACGACGCAGCGAGAGAAAAAUACAUCAAGGACGUAGGUGCCUCUCGCAGCCAGCUGGACAAAAUCGUCACCACGGGAUACCACGCUCUCCAUCUCAUUCACUUUUUCACUUGUGGAGAAGACGAAGUCAAAUGCUGGACGAUCCGCCAAGGCACGAAAGCCCCCCAGGCUGCCGGAGUCAUCCACACAGAUUUCGAGCGAGGAUUCAUCUGUGCGGAAGUGUACAAAUAUGAGGACCUGGUGGCAGCUGGAAGCGAAAAUGCCGUGAAGGCGGCAGGAAAGUACCUUCAAAAAGGGAAGGAUUACGUUGUCGAAGACGGCGAUAUCAUUUUCUUCAAGUUCAAUGUGACGAACAGCGGCAAGAAGUAAACUCUUUAUCCGGCUUUCUGUAUUUGUUAUGUCUCCGGCAUCUGGAUUGUCAGUCGCACCUGUCUGUCCUGUAUCGUUUUUCGUCGGUUUUUCCACUUUCCCUCGCCGAUCUGUGCUUCUUGGGUGCCUUUCUGCUUUCAUUCGCAACAAAGAGGGAGAAACAAGAGCAACUUAGUCGAAGCGGGAACAAAGAGAACCAGCGAGGGGCGAGCCGGGGAGACGGGCAUCCUGUGAAGAAACAACUUUGUCCGGUUUUCUCGCCGUUUCACUGAAAACAAUGCACUCACUGUUCCUAAUGGACCGACUGGGUUCGUCUUUUCUUUCAACCAACACGAAAGAGCGGUUGCA